AUGGUCGGAUCGUCGUGGAGGUCGAAAAUCAUGGACGCUUUGCGUAUCCCCAUUUGCUUGAGUCUUGGUUCAGCUUUGAUUUGUUGCUCGACGUUCAGCAUGCUCUCGCCACUGCGGUCCUGCAAGGAUGGGCAAGGCGGCCUGAAGGCGGAGCAUUGGGACUACGUGGUCCCCAUCAGCCCGGGCGACUUGGAUGCGAAGUGGGCUUCGCAGUUUCCCUUGGAGACGAGGGGGCGCUACAUCAUCAACCAGAGAGGAGAUCGCUUCAAGCUCAAGGGGGUUAACUGGUACGGCGCGAGCGACGUCCACCACGUGGUCGGCGGCCUGGACGUGCAGAGCCUCGACGUCAUCUGCCGGUCAGUGCUGGACCUUGGCUUCUCCACGGUGCGGCUGCCGUUCUCCAACGAGAUGUUGCGCAGCCAGGUCGGCAAAGGAGCCAUCAGCUUCAGGUACAACCCGCAGUUGGAAGGGCUCUCUGCCCUCGAGGUGUACGACGAGGUGGUACGCUGCCUGGGGAAGCAUGGCGUAGCAGUGAUCGUCAACAACCACACCACCUACGGCGAAUUCUGCGGCCCUCCCAGCAAGAACAGCCUGUGGUUCGAUCCCGGCUCGCAGCACACCGAGGAGCAGUGGAUCAGCGACUGGGCGAUGAUGGCGCUGCGCUAUCGCGACUGCCCGCACGUGGUCGGGUACGACCUCCGCAACGAGGUCCGCCCGCGCUGGGGCUUCACGCCCAAGUUUGGCACGAACGGUCGAGGUGGGCGCAGGAGCUCCCAGUGCGACUGGGCGCGCGCGGCCCACCGGGCGGCGGGCAGGCUCCUGCGCGUGCAUCCCGCGGCGCUGAUCGUGGUGGAGCGCAUCGCGUGGCCGCAGCGGCCGCUCGCGGCCUACGCAGCGAGCCCGGGGCCGCUGCUGCCCGGGCUCGGGGGGCGGCUGGUGCUCGCGGUGCACCACUACCAGUGGAGCGGUCCGGGACGCUUCCUGCCGAGCUGGUCGGUGCCGCGCCGCUGGGGCUGGGCUCUGCGGCUGCUGCGGUUCCUCGGCGCGGUCUCGAAGGACAACUACGGGGACAUGGACAGGAAGCGCCUGCGGGAGCAGCUCCAGAGCGAGUGGGGGGACAUCCUCGACUCCGGCACCUGCCCCGUCUGGGUCAGCGAGUUCGGUGCGGACCUCUCCAAUCCGGGGGAGGUGGGCUGGCUUCGGGACUUCACCAGCCUGCUGGCUGAGAAGGACGUGGACUGGGCCUACUGGCCCCUCAACGUGGGGCCGAAGCCUGGCUGUGGGGAGGACGAGGCCUACGGGGUGCUGGACGCGAGGUGGAGGCCCAAGGCGAACAGCGACUUGCGCCUGGACCUCCUGCGGGCGGCCGGGUUGACGCCCGCGGAGCGCCGCGGCGAGGAGGCGGCGGCCGGCGCCGGGGCCCCGGUCUCCGAGCCUUGCCCGAGCGGCGCCUUACUACCGCAUGCCGUCUCUGAGGGGUAA